CGAAAAUAAGAGAGAGAGAGAGAGAGAGAGAGAGAGAGAGAGAAAAGGGAAUGGGCGAACUAACAACCGCUGGUUACGAUGCGGCAGAGGUGGAAGCGCCUCUUUCGCCGCCGGCGUCCUCAUCGUACACUGCGAAUCAAGCGCUAGUUCUGCUGCAGUCGGAGGAUGAGGAAGCGAGAGUGGAGGCGGCGAAGGAGAUCCGACGCCUCACAAAGACGUCGCAGCGGUACCGACGUUAUUUGUCGGCCGCCGUGGGGCCACUCGUGGACAUGCUGCGAUGCGGCUCCGACGAGGCGAAGGAGGCUGGUUUAGCCGCCUUGCUGAACCUUGCCGUCAAGGACGAGAUAAACAAGAUAAACAUAAUCGAUGCGGGCGCCUUGAAACCAAUUAUCAGAGUCCUUCAGUCCGAGAAUGUAGCCCUGCAGGAGCAUGCCGCCGCCGCAUUAGUGACCCUCUCUGCUUCCCCUGUCAACAAGGCAACAAUCGCCGCAUCCGGCGUGAUUCCUCUCCUUGUCGACCUUCUAGAAAACGGAACUCCGCAAGCUAUGUUCGAUGGUGUGAUGGCUCUCUACAACCUGUCUACACAACCCGACAAUCUUACACAAAUCCUACAAGCAAGACCGAUUCCCUCCUUGGUCCACCUCCUCACAUCCUGUAAAAAGUCUUCAAAAAUAGUCGAGAAGUGCACUGCCUUGAUAGAAUCCUUGGUGACCUUCGAAGAGGGAAGAACGGCACUGACAUCCGAACAGGGUGGAAUUCUCGCAGUCGUCGAAAUCCUCGAGAGCGGGUCCCGUCAGAGCCGGGAGCACGCGGUGGGAGCGCUUCUCACAAUGUGUCAGAGCGACCGCGCAAUGUACAGAGAACCGAUACUCAGAGAAGGAGUAAUUCCCGGGCUUCUUGAGCUUACCGUACAAGGCACGCCAAAAUCUCAAUCCAAGGCGCAGCUUCUUCUACGUCUUCUGAGAGACACGCCUUAUCCAAGAUCCGAGCUGAAACCGGAUGCGCUGGAGAAUAUUGUUUGCGACAUUAUAUCUCAUAUGGACGACAACGGAGAAGAUCAUACAGGAAAAGCGAAGCAAAUGCUGGCGGAGAUGGUGCAGGUGAGCAUGGAACAGAGCCUGCGACAUUUGCAGAACCGCGCGCUGGUAUGUACUCCCCCCGACUUACCUGUGAAUAGUUGCGCUUCUGAAGUUCAUUUGAAAUGAGUGUAUAGCUUCUCGAACGGUGGUGUUGUCUCUCUUUAUGCUACCACGACCACGAUGACGACGACGAUGAGGGAUGGAAUAAAGAGAGAAAAGGGUUAGAGGAAAGAAUAAGUUAGGAGAGAAAUGCCAUGCCAGUCCAGGCCCUGAGUUUGGGCAUUUGGUGAUUGGUAAGUGUCAAUAAAUAAUGAUAAUAAUAAGUUACUAGUCUUAUUGAGGGUAUGUUAUGUUAUGUUAUGUGUGGUUUGUUGUUUUGUUUAGUAACUGUGUCUACACAAAAGCCAUGCAUAUUUUGUUGCUCCUC